GAGAGCAGCGUGCGUGUGCCGCACUCACAUCCUGUUGAUCGACCCCUGAAGUAGAGCUGAACCGGGACGGUAUUGGUGGAUCAUGGCGAAGCAUCACCCCGAUCUGGUCAUGUGCCGGAAGCAGCCUGGCAUCGCCAUCGGCCGGCUGUGCGAGAAAUGCGAUGGCAAGUGCGUCGUGUGCGACUCUUACGUGCGCCCCUGCACGCUAGUCCGCAUCUGCGACGAGUGCAACUACGGCUCCUUCGAGGGACGGUGCACGAUCUGCGGCGGGCCCGGCAUCUCGGACGCCUACUACUGCCGCGAGUGCACCCAGCAGGAGAAGGAUCGAGACGGGUGCCCCAAGAUCGUUAACCUGGGCAGCUCCAAGACCGACCUAUUCUACGAGAGAAAGAAGUACGGCUUCAAGAAGAGAUGAUGCUGGUGGCCUGCGCCGCGACGACUUGGUUGACCAGAUGGGUCAAUCAGAUCAGUCGUUGGGGGCGCCGGCCGGGGAGGAUGAGGAAGGAAGGGAAAUAAACUACAUUUUGGCAACGGGGCGCUUGUGUGUUGCCCCGGUACUGCCGAGUGUUACGGAAUGGAAGGAGGAAAUCAAGUGCUUCACGGAAAGAUGCAUGUUUUUGUAUUGCACGGCAUAGUUGCAAGCAGCGGUGGUAGAGGGAGAGGGUGAUACGCUGCUCUUUUGUUAUAACGUUGGUGUUUCUUUGUUCAUGCGGGACUUGCUAAAUGACAGACGGAAAAACAGGGAAGGAAAAAGGGGGAAAAACAACUGAGCAUCAGGUUUUUUCCUCGUUAUACCUGGGUAGGAGGAGGGUGGGUAGGUCAGACUUGAGGGGAAAGGGAAGAUGGAAGUGCAUGCGUGGGCGUUGCUCUCAGGCAACAAGCGGAUAGGAAGCCCGCAGCUACUUUCAGAUUUGCCAGCGGCGAGAGCAACUCUGUGGUGGGGUGCAUUUCCCGAAAACAAUGCGAUUGUCUAAAGGCUGCAACAGACUGUGUUCGCUUGCUGACGGGACCGCCUCGUGCGCACCACUGCACCUAGUUGUCGGUCAUAUAGGACAGUUUUUUGCUCGGUGUGAGAGCCUGUGACUUGCCAACACACCACACGAGAAGAGAUGGCACGAUGACAAGCAUGGAUUUCGCCAAUCGAGAGAGCUGCGUUUUUCGGUUGAAGGGUUGACCGUGAUUCAAAUACGAGCCUUGACAAGUGGUCGAGUUCGACUUGGACGUGGGUCGUAUUGUGCACACGACCCGGUAGUGAGUAUUGGCUACUACUCCCCAGGCGCUACUCCACACGCGGUGUGUUCCGUUGGCAACCUCUCUCUGCAUGCCUUGUGUCUUUGGUCGGUUUUCGACGAGGAACAAUUUCCGUGUCUAUCUU